GAGAAGGUCGACAGGAGUGCGGCCGAGCAGGGCAAGAACGACCCUCGCUCGCGAUGGCACAGGGCCGCAUUCGACAUCAGUCGGUUGGAGGACCAGGACCAGAUGCUUUCGAGCUCCGGCACCCAUGAUGCCACAGCUGUCCAUAAGAUUCUUGAGACGCAGCAUUGGCUGGAACUCAUUGAUGGGUAA